GACCUCAUGAUCUGUCCGCCUUGGCCUCCCAAAGUGCUGGGAUUACAGGAAUGAGCCACUGCGCCCAGACGCUAUGAUUGUUUUUAAUUCCCCCCCAGCGGUAGCAAGGGCCCUGCUGGAGGCUUGUUGAUUGAACUGGUGAAGGGGCACAGGCUCCUGUCUCUUUGUAGAGGAGGAAGCCUGCCCUGCUUGGGUGGGAAUGUCAGAGUGUCCCAAGUGUGGGGCGCUGCAGGGCACUGAGUCAGGGAAGGUCUCACAGGAUUCAGCCCCGGCUUGCCAUUGCCGCAGCCGCUGGGAGGAAGAACUGAGAAUCCACUCCCAGGCCAGGACCCGGCCCGGCACAACCCAGUCCAGCAGCUCUUUGAAUCCUGGAAGCCCCAGCCCUUCCCGGGGCUCCUCCUCUCUCAACCCCGCUGCUUGGCUGCGCCCUGGUGCCCAUGGGCUCCUCCCCUUCCCAGGACUCCAAAUGAGGGAACCUACACACCCUGACCCGCAUCACCCUGGGUCUCUCGAGCCUGCUGCCUGCUCCCCCGCCCCACCAGCCAUGGUGGUUUCUGGAGGCCCCGCAUCCCUGGGUGGGGGCUGUCUUGGCACCUUCACCUCCCUGCUGCUGCUGGCGUGGACAGCCACCCUCAAUGCGGCCAGGAUACCUGCCUGUGGGAAGCCCCAGCAGCUGAACCGGGUUGUGGGCGGCGAGGACAGCACUGACAACGAGUGGCCCUGGGUCGUGAGCAUCCAGAAGAAUGGGACCCACCAGUGCGCCGGCUCCCUGCUCACCAGCUGCUGGGUGAUCACUGCUGCCCACUGUUUCAAGGACAACCUGAACAAGCCAUCCCUGUUCUCUGUGCUGCUGGGAGCCUGGCAGCUGGGGAAUCCUGGCUCUCGGUCCCAGAAGGUGGGUGUUGCCUGGGUGCAGCCCCACCCUAUGUAUUCCUGGAAGGAGGGUGCCCGUGCGGACAUUGCCCUGGUGCGUCUCGAGCACUCCAUACAGUUCUCGGAGCGGGUCCUGCCCAUCUGCCUGCCUGAUGCCUCUAUCCACCUCCCUCCAAAUACCCACUGCUGGAUCUCAGGCUGGGGGAGCAUCCGAGAUGGAGUGCCCUUGCCCCACCCUCAGACCCUGCAGAAGCUGAAAGUUCCUAUCAUCGACUCGGAAGUCUGCAGCCGCCUGUACUGGCGGGGAGCAGGACACGAAGCCAUCACUGAGGACAUGCUGUGUGCUGGCUACUUGGAGGGGGAGCGGGAUGCUUGUUUGGGCGACUCCGGGGGCCCCCUCAUGUGCCAGGUGGACGGCGCCUGGCUGCUGGCCGGCAUCAUCAGCUGGGGCGAGGGCUGUGCCGAGCGCAACAGGCCUGGGGUCUACAUCAGCCUCUCUGCGCACCGCUCCUGGGUGGAGAAGAUCGUGCAAGGGGUGCAGCUCCGUGGGCGCGCUCAGGGGAGUGGGGCCCUCGGGGCACCGAGCCCGGGCUCUGGGGCGGCCGCGCGCUCCUAGGGCGCAGCGGGUCGCGGGGCUCGGAUCUGAAAGACGGCCAAAUCCAGAUCUGGAUCUGGAUCUGCGACGGCCUCGGGCGCAUUCCCCCGCUGUAAAUAGGCCCAACUACCUCUGGGGGCCCGGACGGCUGCUGCGGAAAGGAGACCCCUCCCCGCCCCGCCCGACGGCCUCAGGUCCCGCCUCCAAGGCCUCAGGCCCCGCCCCACGACUUCCGGUCCCGCCCCGGGCCCCAUUGCUUUUGUGUUUAUAAAAGUUAAUGAUUUUUAUAGCUAUUUGUAACCCUGCCCACAUAUCUUAUUUAUUCCAACAAUUUCAAUAAAUUAUUUAUUCUGCAA